AUGUUCGAGCAAAAUUUCAAGAUCAAAUCAUUAUAUGCGGAUUAAGCUUUGACAAAUUUCUAGGACAUUAAAACUAGACUGCACUCUAUUGAUCUAAGUGACAAUAGUUAACUGUCUUAGCUCUAGAGACAAAUAAAUGAACUUUAGUCUUCACUUGGAAAAUAUAAAUCAAGAAUAGACAGCUAUCAGUGUUUGGGUAACUAAGAAUCUGCACUAAUGGAUCUCUUGCUAAUUAUUGAAGUGGCAACUUUGCAAAUGUAUUCAUAAUAGAUUGACUAAUUUGGCAAGAUUCAAAAUGACCAGCUCUCUCUGGUGAGUAAGCUACUUGAUAAAAUAGAUGAUAUAAUCUUGAGAGAACAAUUUGUGCUAGACAGCAAUACUAUCUCAUUCAAUCUAGUUAAUCUUCAUGAAAGCAAUCUGAUUGAAAAUCUAUAGGAGUUCAUCAAGACUGCGCUUAUUAAUUAUAAGAUCAUCAAGGAAGAAUAAAAUCCUUAGUAGCAGCUGAUAUUUUAGUAGAUAGAGUCAAUAUUUCUCAAACUUAGCACUGCACCUGUUGCCACAUAUGAUAACAUCACGAAUGAGGUAUUUGCUUAGAUCCUUUCAAAUACUGAUGAGGAAUACCACUUAAACUUAAUCACUAUGAUUUUCGAUAUGCAGACAGCAAUAUGGCAACAAAAGAAGAAUGGAAGUGCUGAGAAUUUUAAAAGCCAAAUCAUUUUCAAAGCUGGCUAUCUAGUCUAUUUAAUGCUAGUUCUUUGUGAAUACGAUGUUAAGAGAGCAAUAUUGUUAAAAAUCAAGGAGCUGAUUAUUGCUGAUGAAUUCGAUCAAGUAUAUAUAAUUUACUCUACUCUAAACACUAAAGCAUUAGCAUAAAUACUCCCAAAGAAUAAAGAGUGCGAGAAAGUUCUGCUUGAAAUCUUUAACCAACUCAUAAUCAAGUGUCUAAGAUUCAUGAUUGACAAAGAAGUAAAGUUAUUUGCCAAGCAUUUAUCAAACUUUGUUAUGAGACUGAAGCCGCUCAGUGAAACUGUUAAAAUCAUUAAACCUGACAACCCAUUAUUAAAUGAAAAAUGGAAAAAAGAUGUCAAAGAUUCUCUUAGGAGAUUGUAGGACUUAUUCCUUAACGAAAAAGAAUCUUACCCUAAUCCACCUUACAAUUUGAUAUAAGUGUUCUUUGAGUUAAAUAUAAUGAUAAGCUAGGAUUCAAAAGGCUUUAUUAGCAUUCAGGAAUAUGAUACUCUAUUUUUUAUGAUAAUUUUGGGUACUUACUUUAAAAAGUGCUUUUAAUUAAAGAUGUCAACAUCUUUUACUAAGUCUUAAGUGCUUUUGUUGAAUUUGCUCAAAUGGUAUAAAUACAGUUAUUUACCUUACUUUUUUAAUAAUCUAGAUUUCAACUUAGAAGAGGGUCUAGAUCACAUGAACUUAGAAUUCAUGAGAAAGGCAAUAAAGGAUGCAGAUUAGAUGGAGAAACUUUGUACAUCAAGCUAAAAUAUUGAUUAAAGGAAACUUGCAAUUAUUAAGAAGAUCUUGGAUGUGGAGUUAAUGAUCAGAUUUGAGGACAGAGAAUUCACUGCUAUGCAAAUUAGCACAUUUGCUAAUAGUAUACUAAAAGAUUUUACGGUUCAGAACCCAACUGGAACCGACGUAGAACUCAAGAGGUUUGAUCAAAACAAAGGACUAACUAAAGGAAAAAAGAAAGAUGGAGUCUAAUCAGAUUCAUUUUUUGGAACUCCAGGUAGUGUCUAUUAUGGUUUAUCAGGAAUGGCUCAUGAAUUAAUAAAACCUGAGUAGUACCCUGACAUAUACCACAAAGGAGGUAUUCAAAAUGGUACAUAUAUGAAUAAGCUCAUUCCAUUCGUUAAAAAUGAAUAACCACUUCUAAGAAAUGAUGUGCCAAGAUUGAAUUUGAAAGAAGUCACUUUUCAAUAGUAAUUUUAGGGAAGAGCUUAUGAACCUCAUAUGAAAGAAGUCGAUUCCACAUCAUUCGGGUUUCCAAGGACUUCGCAAGAAGAUCCUAAAUCAAUGAAUGGAAAAAUUAAGCCUAAAAGUAAAAACUUGGAGGAAAUUCCCUAAACUGUAUCAAGUUUUGUAACAACAAACAUGAAUUUACUCGGUGUCAGUAAGCCUAAUUAUGCGAGAAUGAUCAGCAAAGUAUUGCCACAUCAUAAUCCUCAUAUGACAGCUGCUAAUAAUUUUUAGCCAAUAACAAAGCCAUUUCAUGAUAAAGUUGUUAAUCCCUUAUAUGCUCAAGAAAUUAACUUGCCAAAGCUGAGAUCAGAUUGGCAAUUCGGGCAUGAAGUUGAAUCAUGCUGCAUGUGCAAUAAUCCAUUUUAGAAAUUCAACUAUCAUAGAACAAAAGAGGAGAUAUUUACAUCACCUGAUGGAACAUUUAGAAAUCAUCCUGCUUUUCAUUGUGAGCAUAAUAGUGCUUGUCUAUGCCAUAAUCAUCAACAGAAUUAAUUGCCAACCAGGAUAUCUGGGCAAGGACCAGAUCCUUUUGAAGCAACUGAAUACUCAAAGAUGUAUACAAGCAAUAUGGGUGAUACGAGAACAGAGGGGAUAAUAACUAAAAGCAGAAGUCACAACAAGCUUGGUCCGUAAUUCAAUUUUACUCUGGAAUAGCUAAAUCAUCUUACUCAUAGAGGAGGGCCAGAUAGAGGUUAAUCAAGAGGAAACUCCAAUAAGGUUCCCUAUCAUGAAUAAGUAGAUUAUGGAAAUAGAGCUUGGGCUACUAGAGUAGUACCUUCAAGCUAAUAAAAUCGAGUGAAUACUAAUAGAACUCCAUUUGCUUCGAGAUAUACUUAAUAUAUGGAAAGCACCAUACAUCCACAUGCGAGCUAAAAAUAUUUCCACAACUCCUUGUCAAAAUCAGUUUAAAAUCUCCCUUCAUCUCAAAUAUAAGGAAACUCAAGAUAAGUUCCUAUAAUGGAUCACACCCAUAAAUACAGGCAAGUGAAUUCAAUUGGAAAUGAAAAUUUUUAUAAGGUAGAUAAAAACUCAGUCGUUAUUUCUCUUUUCGGAGAACUAGUAAUUAGAUAUGAUUUGAAAUCUAUGACACUAGAAAAAUUUGCAUUGCUAUCUAUUACUCAAUCUUUAUCUGCAUAUGAUUCAUCUUAUGCAUAAAUCGAUAUGAGCAAAAUAUUUAUCUGUGGAGGUCUAAGAAGAGGUACUUCAAAAUUUUUAAGCGACUUUACAGCGAUAUUCGAUUGCUAGUAAAAUGAAAUGUUUUUGUUCACACCAAUGCAAAUACCAAGGCAUAAGCAUGGAGUUGCUACACUCGGAAAUUAUGUUUAUGCAAUUGGAGGUGAAGUUGCAGAUAAAGCUUAUUCUAACAUUGUUGAAAGAUUCAAUUUCAAUUCCAAAGGUUGGGAAUAUGUUGCUCCACUGAUAUAUGAAAGAUCAUUUUCUAAGGUUUGUGUUUCAACUAACAGCAAUAAAAUCUUUGUAUUUGGCGGAUGCAUGUCAAAUGAUCACAAUUCUAUUAUAGAGGUUUAUGAUUGUCAUGAUAAUUAAUGGUCGCUUCUUGGAAUAUCUACUGGAGAACAGCCCCUAAUUCUUAAGGAGCCCUUUAAUUGUAACAAGUCAUUUGUCGUAAUGGUUGAGGGAAAUUUAAAUACACUAAUAUAACCUUUAGAUAAGGAUGAUAGGCCAUUAUUCAAUGACUUUGAUGAUAAGAUUUUAAUAAUUACUUACGAUAAUUUAAGAUUUCCAGCACCUAGUAUUUUUGUUGUUAAUAUUGAGAAAGAGUCGUUAGGAGAGGUAGUUUAUGAUAAAGAAGGCAGUGAUUAAGCCUCCAAUUCUAAGAGACUUGUUGUAUACGAUGAAGUUGGUGAGCAUAUUGUUGCCUUUGCUUAAUUAAAUUUUAAGGAGUUUGAUUUCCUAUCCUUUACAAACCCACCUUAUAGAUGGAGAAAAAGUUUGUUCUUCUGA